UUCGUUUCCAUCACUGCGCUGCGCCGCGGUGCUCUGCUCGCCAUCCUCCUCUCCUCCUCCCCCUUCCUUCCUUCCUCUCUGUAUCUACUCAAAAGGAGUGCAAGGCAAAAAGAAUCAAUAGAGAGAGGGGGAGGGCAAGGCGGGGCAUGAACCCACGCACGCACGCACGCACCAAUCCGAGCAUCCAACGCUCCCGUCAUCCCUUGUAUAAAACCCCGCGCUGCGGCCAGCGCCUUCCAUCCAUCCAUCCGCUUUGUCCGCCCAGCUUCAUCGCCCCUCCCUGCUCUUCCACCAAUCUGCUUGCUUGCCUGGUCGUCGGCUGUUUGCCCAGAUCAUCCAUAGCAUACACACCUCGUCCACUGACUGAGUAGGAUGCCGUGGGUGUUCUUCCAUGUCAUCCUCUGAUCAUCGCCGCCGCUCCGCCGAUCGACAGCGCUCCAGGAGGACAUGCGAGCUGGGUUCAACGGGCCUGACGCGAUCGUUAUGACAAGUGGCGCCGUCGCGUAUUACUACAGAUUGACGCAAGUCUGCCAGGUGAGGACAGAGCCUCGCGCACCGAAAAACUAGCCGAAUACUUCCGCCAGCUGCUCAAGCCCGUGACGUAGAUUCGACCACAAAACCCCACACAUUCGCCAGAGACAAUUCCAUCCAAAACAGCCUCAAACCCAGACAGACUAACUGAAUCAAUUUUGAACUGAACCAGAGAAAGCCCAGCUAAACACCCUUGAAUUCUUGUUCGUUUUCCUUCCAUUCGAAAGCAACACCUGUCAAUUUCCUUGAAUUCUCCACCAAACCCAUCCAUCCAUCCACAAAGACAUUUCUAGGAGUUGAGCAGCUAGCAGCAACAAGUGAAGAGAUGCAGGGAGAUCCAGGCUACGGGUACGGUGGCUAUGGCGCCGGCUACGGGUACGGCUACGGCGGUGGCUACGGCGGUGGCUAUGACAUGGCCGGGUACGGCAACGGUGCCGGAGGAGCCUACUACACCAACGACCGGUAUCCCGCGGCGGCGGCGCCUGCCUAUGAGGACCCGCUCGCCGGUCGGAGGCAGCACGAUUUCCCGGCUCCUCUGACCGGGCUCGAGUUCCAGCCGUCGGACACCUGCCCCAAGAACUACGUCAUCUUUGAUCAGACCUAUGACCGGAGCAGGGUGAUGUACCACCCGUCGCUGGCCAACAACUUCGGCUCCUCCGGGGGCUACGACCAGCAGCACUGCAACAACGGCGGCUACGACCAGAACUACGUCGGCAAGAGCACCUACUACGGCGGCGACCAGGACGGCGGCGAGUGUUCAAUCCGGCAGAAGGAGGACACCGACGAGAUCGACGCGCUGAUGAGCUCCGGGGAUGGCGACGAGGAGGACGACGUGCUGAGCACGGGUCGCACGCCUGCGUGCCGCGGAGGGGGCUCGCCGGAUUCCACCUGCUCCUCCGGGUACGUGGUGAGCGUCAGCCCGACUGGCAACGCCGCCGGAGCCGGCGGGGGCGGCGAGAGGAAGAAGGAGCGGAUGAAGAAGAUGAUGAAGACGCUCAAGGGGAUCAUCCCCGGCGGCGACCGGAUGGACACGCCGGCCGUCCUGGACGAGGCCGUCAGGUACCUCAAGUCGCUCAAGGUGGAGGUGAAGAAGCUCGGGGUGCGCGGAUCAAGAAGCUAGGGAGGGAUAGCGACCUCACAUGGCAAUGCAGGUCGAGCCAAUGAUGGAGGCAGAUAAGACGGGGGAGUUGGUGCUCGCUCCUUUUUGCGCUGCCAUGAUGAUGCCAUCCCGUGGAGCUCUCGAGGAUCAGUGGAAAGGAAUGAUAUGGAAGGAUUCAGUUGCCGCACGCGCCGAUCUCUCGCCCCUCCCUCCCCUCUAGCUGCGUGCGUGCCUGGAUUGUUGCUUUGCUUUUGUAGAAGUUGCUGCUUUUCUUCCCCCCUCCCCUCUCGUAUCUCUAGGUGCCGGCUGGUGUUGUAACUAGCAUGCUGAUUAUAUACACCGUGUUUUUGUUUA